AACAGACCAUACGUUUGAGUUUGAAUUUGAUCUGAAGAUUCCAGCUGCAAAGAUUGUUUCAGGAAAGAAAAUCCAGUACAAGUAUUGUGUCCAGAAACUUGAUAAAUCAGGGAAAGAUCAGUAUACAUGGGAGCACUAUUUGAAGGAUACUUACACUGGAAUGGGUGCUAAUAGAACUCUCACACUGAUAGAGAGAUGGAGACAGAUAGAUGUUUGGCACCAGUAUGAUGGAGUUAUUGAGAGAGAACCAUCAACCUGGGAUAGAGUUUCCAACUUUAUAUUUUCCUGGAGGACAGAGUUGAUAAAACAUGCUAAGAAAGGAAUAGAUUAUUUCAGCACAAAUAUACUACAAGCUGAAGACUCGAGUUACUCAGUAUCUCUGGAACAGCUUGAAAUGCUGCUAACUGGUUACAAGAGAAUGUAUUAUCAUGAUGGUAGAUGUUGGGAUUAUAAGGAUUAUCGUUUUAAAGAAGAGAUUGGUGGUUGUGUUUUGGACGUCAUGUUGGAAACUGCUGGAAGCUUACAGAAUACAUCAGAUAUGACUGACGAUAUGAGAGAAAGACAAGUGGCACUGGCCAUUGCAGCUAUAUUUGCUGCCAAGAAGCUAGACUUGUCAUUUGAUAAUCUGAAGAGCUGGCAGAAAGUUUGUGAACACCUGAUUCUCCGGCCUGAUCCAGAAAAGAAAGAGUGUCAUGAACUAACGAUUCUAGAGAAAUACUUCCCUGAGAAAAGAACACAGCUGAAGGAAGCCUUUCUAACUCUGGCAAAACACAUUUCAUCAAACUCAAAGAAUCCUUCGUGGUUGUUUCUGAUGCCUUGGAUUCAUUUUCUGUGGGGAUUAUGCAGUCCAUUCGAUAAACCUGCCUUUGAUGUUGGACACGACAAAAAAGACCCUACUUGGUGGGGUAUAUCACAGUUGGGAGAACAUAACGUAAAAUACUUCAGAGGCAAAACAGAUCAGUGGGAACUAUCAAUAGAAAAGACUUUGGAUCUGAUGGAGCCAAUGUUUGAGAUAGACUACUUGUUGCCAAGGUCCUUUAUCACAGCAGUCAGGCUAAGAGAAUUGGGUACAGUGAUUAAAACUGGAAAGGUUCCUGCAGAAAUACUUCUGGCAAAUUUGUUUUUUCACAUCAAAGACACAAGGCCAAGAUUGAUGUAUGAUUAUUACAAUAGGACUCAAUACUACGAAGCCAUCACAUCAGAUGAAAGACUUGUGGAAGGAAGUUUGAAGUCCCUUUUGGAACAGUUUAGCAACCCAUCGAGGCAAAGUGACAACAGUACAUGUAAUAUCCACCAGGAGAAGAUGCGGAGUUAUUUCUCAUCACAACUGCUUCUAGAGAGUACUAAAACAGACCGUGGUUCUCCGUUGGCUAGUUCUGUUGGAAUUUUCUUACAUUGUCUGUCUUCAUAUGACCAGAGAGAAGAUAAGAAAACAAUCAGUCAGAAAAAUUAUGCACUCGGUACAAUGCAACCGUGUGUUCCAGAAAUCAUAAAAUGGAUGGAUAUUUGGAGCUGGAACUGGAUGCAUUAUAUGGAAUCAAUUCUUCAGUCCUGGAAUCUUCUGUAUGCUCCUGAGAGUAUUAAAUCUCAACCUAUUUGUGAAGAAUGGAACAAACAGAUCACCAAAGCCCUAUCAGAUAGACUGCAGACAAAGGUGUGUCAUGACAGUUUCACAAUGACAAACUUUGUUCAGCUGUAUUGCCAGAAGAUUGAUACCUACAGCACUUCAAUGCAGGACUGUAUGAGUAAAGCAGCUUUCAAGGCAAUAGAAAAAGGCUAUGCUGUAGAUUAUGGCAGAUUCAAUGAUGCAGAAAUUAGAAGAUUUGGUAAUCUUAUAUCUGGUCUCUUCCUGAAAGAAUGGAACAAAUGUGUUAAAAAUGACAACUUGGAUAAUGAACAAGACAUACUACAGCAUUUUCUGAAAUGGCCACCAUUCACACAGUUCGUGAAGAUUUAUUCAAGGGAUCAAGAGAAGCUAAAACUUCUGUCAAGAGAUUGCGUUGAGAGAAUCGUUCAGGCAGUGUCUGUCAUUCAAAGCUGUGUUACAUCUCUCCUUAAUGGAGAAAUCACUGUGGGCAAUCUGCACAACAUACAAACCAAUGAUCUCAGUUUUCCAGAAUUGUCAGAACUUGCCAAGCUUGAAAAACAACACACAAAGGAAUUCAUCAAGAAAGCAAUAGAAAUCAGAAAACUGGAAAUGAAAGCCUUUGAUAGACAGUCGAGGCUAAUCACAACACUGACAUCACUUUGUCAGCAUCUAGCAAGUGUGGACAGAAGUUCUGUUGAUAACACCCUAAGGAAGCAAGAGCAUCUGGAAGUCCACAAAGUGAAGGAAUUCUGUGUACCAGCAGCUGUUAAUGAUGUAACAGACUUGGAAACAUUCCAGCCAAGGUUGUGUGCAUUCAAAAUCUCUCAGGCUGUCCUUGAUUUGUUGCCUGAUCUACAGACAUGCAGUGAAAGCAGUACUUUCAUGAUGUUCUGGACUGCGGAAUGUCAAAGUAUGACAGACCACUCACCAAAGCUAGAUGAUAUAGUGCCACAAGUUUGGACAACAGUGAAGAAGAGGUGGGACAAGAUUGCAAACAAGAUGCAGACUGGAGAAAUCAAGUUUAGAGACUUUGAGAAAGUCCUUGGUAACAGAUAUAGAGAGGAUUUUGACAGAAUGAUAAUAGAAAUGAAAAUUCUUGGACUUCCAGACAACUGUAUACAGAAACGUGUUGACCAGUUACAGAAGUAUAGACAGUUAGAAACUUGUGUGAAGGGAGCAAGAACUGUGCUUAAAUUUUCAAAGGAUUAUGACCUUAAGGGAGAUUUUCAACAAAUCAGAAUAAUUGCAAAUCAUGGAGAAAGUGACCUAGAGAUGAGAUCUUUCGAUGACAGUGUGAUGAAUGCCUGUGAUUUUCUCAAGGACCUCACUCCUCAGAGAGAGAAAUGUCUAAAGAUGUUUGUAACAUGUAGACCUUUGGUCCAGUGGCUUAAAGAAUCAAUGAAAAAAUCUGGAUUGAAAGAACUGAAAGUGUUUGUUGACCUGGCAUUCAUGUCAGCUGGAGACGAGCCAAUUAACAUUGCACGUGUUCAGUGUCUACACUCGGCUGUAACAGGGUAUGCCCCACUCAUAUUUGACCUUGAUGAGAGGAGUGGAUACAAGGAGCUGUUGAACCUUUGUGCAGUGGUUUGGAAGGAGCUGGAUGCCAAUCCUAAACUACCUGACAAAUUGCAAGACACAAAUCGCCAGCUACAGUGGCUGAAAGAGAUCAAGAAAGCCCAUGGUUCAGUAGAAGUUACCUCUCUUAUGCAAGCUGAGGCCAUCAACGCCAAUGGAAUAUUUACAGUUGGUAAAAAUGCAUGGAAAAGGGAACUUGUGGCACAGAAAACUGAUGCAACUUUAAUGGUUGUUGCAGACAUUAUAAAGUUGACAGUACCAGAACAAGAAGGCAAGAGUCAGUUGAGGAACUACACAUUCUCUCAGUGCCAGGACCUGCAGAGUCGACUUAUGUUGGUGGCAGGGAAGGCGGAGAAAGGAACUGAUAGUGUUGACAGAUUUACCAUGAUAUUUGACAGUAUAACCCGACUUAGCAGUGUAUACAUGAAGCUUUGUUCAUCUGGAUGUGUACUGUUUAAAGACUGGACAGCAAGGUUCCUCUGUUAUCCAAAGCCAGACCGCCCUGUCUGUGCUAUUUUAGAGUUUGGACAAGGUGACGGAGUACCCCAGUUAAAGGGAAGAAGAUCAGUCAAGGAGGACUUGAAGGAAAUUAUUCCUGAACUUGCUAAGUUUAUGGAAUCCUGUCUAGAAGAAUGGCUUCAACACAUCAAAGAGAAACGCAAAAACUUUCUCCACUUGAACUAUUAUACAGUAGAUCAACUGGUUAUCCUUCAAAGAGAACUAGUAAAAAUGGGGACAGAGUCAGAACCGUCACACCUGGUAUACCCCCUGUUGUCUGCCGUAAAGGAAGACUGCACACCAGAUGACUUGUUGGAAGCAAUGGCUGCUGCUAAGGAAGAGAUAGAUGGUGAUGCGGAGAUGGAAGAAGAAAGUGGAAAUGAUAGUGGUACUGAUGAGGUGGAAAUGGGGGCUGAUGCCACAGACGAUGAGAAAAAACAGAACUUUGUACAUGAGCUUGUUCAAGCAGGUUAUGAGGAGGCCCUAGCGAUUCGGGCACUGGAGUAUAUUGACCCCGAAGAUGUAACUGCUGGUAUUGUCUGGUGUAUGGACCAUGAAGAAGAUACUGUAGCCUCUGAUGACUUUGAUCGGCCGCAGAAUGAGAAUGAACCAAUGAGAGAGCAGCUUACACAGCGACCUACCUUCAGUGGCUGGAGCAAAUCACAGACUAACAUACAAACCAUGAUCACAGCUAACAUAUCUGGACUGAGAAAGCAGAAUGAUGUUGGUUCAGCACCAUUGAUCAGUGAUCUCACAGCAUUAUGGAAGCAGUUUCUGGAAUCCAUAUCUUCAAACAUACGAGACUAUCUUAGUCUGGAACAUCUUGGUCUCAUCUUGAAGUAUCUUGCAAGAAAAGAUACCAGAGAAAUAGCCAGGUCACUCCCACCAGGGUUUAAGGAAGGUCAACCUAACCUGAUAAUUUGUCCCUCAGGAGAUGUAUUGAUGACCUCACUAUCUGUAUUUAUGAUGGACAAAGACCAACCCUUACCACAGUCAGAUGAAAUAUUGACGUGUACUGCAAACACAACAAAAGAUGAAGUGGACAUAUUCUGGAGGAGAGCAAUAUUUGAUGGAGCUAGAAAAAUACACUGUCUGGUGAAUGCCGACAUGUUGGACUAUGAUGUUAGUGAAGUGGCAGAGAGAUGCCUGGAAGAAUAUCUCCUUGAAGUUCACUACAAAGAUUUGAAAUACCGCUUGCUGGUGAUCUGUGGGUCAGACAAUGAAUACAGGUCUACUAUAGUGUCAUCUCUCGACAAGUUCAAGAGACAACCAUUACCUGCAAAUACCACACAUCUGAGAGAGUACCUAGCUAACAAACUUGCGAUACAGCAGCGUACCAUAGCGAAAAUCAGACCUGCUGCUGAUGUUGAUACACAGAGGUCUACUGUACGUGUGAUCAAGUCCUGGAGAGCUGGUGUGGGAAAGACAUUAUUUAAACACAGGAGGGAAGAGGAAUUAUCAAGUCUGAAUAGUGUAGCAGUCAGAUCAGACACAGUGUCUAUCCCACUACAGGAGAAAACCAUAGAUCUCCAUUAUGUCAUUCAAAGACUUUUAGAACAUACAACACGCCCAGAGGAGGUUACUGCCAGACUGUUUCAUAUAGAUGUAUCACAUGAGGUGGAGAAUGGUGUAGAUUAUCUAUUGUUCAACCUGCUUGUACUUGGGUGCCUGAUGGACAAGACUGGAUUUGUAUGGAGAAAAUCCCCAACUGACAUUUACCUGAUUGAGACAAUGCCUUUAAUGUAUCAAGCUACAAACAGAAGGGGAGCAGACCUGCUGUAUGUACAUCCAAUGUUGAGUAUUUUACCAGACCUGACUUGUAGAUCACCACAGGAAAGCUUGCAGAUCUAUCUCAAUGUUAGGCCACAUGACUUCAAAGAGUCAGAUCAGUUGUUUGAUGAAAAGCAGUUCAGAAGUUCAGUUUUCCAAAGAACAUUCCAGUAUUUACUGAGGCUGGACCAGAGGAGACAACUUGGUGAUGUGCAGCCUCACAACCCAGAAGGAAGUCCACAGACUUGUCUCCAAACAUUAUUAAGGCAUUGUGGAUUAGAGGACCCGUCCUGGUCUGAGCUUCAUCAUUUUGUUUGGUUUCUCAACACUCAGCUGGUAGAUUUUGAGAACAACAUGUUUGUGAGCGCAGCUGCUGCAGAAGAUCUUCCAGGCUUUUCCACAUUUGUUCUCAGAUUCCUCAUUCAGAUGUCAAGGGAUUUUUCUACACGUUCAUUGGAUAUGAGUGAAGAAUCACCUGGGCUUAGACCAGAACCUGGAGUUAGAGAGGAGCGUAUGGAUGAUGGUGAAGGGGAGGACAUUGAGGAAAAUGGAGAUGACCUACAGGCUUACCAGAUGAGAAGGACCUGGGAAAGCAGUCCACAUCCCUACUUGUUCUUCAACUCUGACAGAUUUACAUUCACCUUCCUUGGAUUUUUCAUUGAUCGAGGUUCAGGAAACUUGAUUGACCAGCAGACAAGAACAGUACUUGAAAAUGGAAUAAUGACACAGAAUCUGUAUGAUUCACUUGUCAGAAACCAUGCUCCCAUGCAAGAAAAUUUUGAUGCUCUUCCAAGAGAUCAGAAAAUCAUGAAGUUAUGCAAUGUCAUGGGGAUCGAGUUUCCUCAUGAUCCAGAUGAUACAUACGAGUUGACCACAGACAACGUGAAGAAGAUAAUGGCCAUUUACAUGAGGUUCAGGUGUGAUAUACCAGUUAUAAUCAUGGGAGAGACUGGGUGUGGUAAAACAAGACUAGUCAAGUUUAUGUGUUCUUUACAACAACCACCAGGAGUAGAAAUGACCAAUAUGAUACUAAUGAAGGUCCAUGGUGGUACAACAAAUAGAGACAUUAUAAAGAAAGUGAGAGAUGCUGAACAAAUAGCUAAAAAGAACAAAGAGAACUAUGGAGAUCACAUGUAUACUGUGUUAUUCUUUGAUGAGGCUAACACCACAGAAGCUAUUGGACUUAUAAAAGAAAUUAUGUGUGACAAAAGUAUGGAAGGAAAGAAACUGAAACUGUGUGAAAACCUGAAGAUGGUUGCUGCUUGUAACCCAUACAGAAAACACUCUGAAGAGCUAAUCAAGAAAUUAGAGCAGGCCGGACUUGGGUAUCACGUGGAUGCUGAUGAGACAACAGACAGACUAGGUCGUGUUCCAAUGAGACGUCUGGUGUACAGGGUACAACCGCUGCCACAGAGUUUACUACCCCUAGUAUGGGACUUUGGUCAGCUCAAUACACAAGUGGAAGAUCUGUAUAUCAGACAGAUGGUCAAAAGAUACAUACGUGAGGAGAGGUUACCAGAGAUACCAGGUCUGAUAGAAGUUUCCAGUGCCAUUCUAACGGCAUCACAGGACUACAUGAGAGAACAAAAGGAUGAGUGCAGCUUUGUGUCUCUGCGUGAUGUUGACCGUGUACUGACAGUGAUGAGCUGGUUCUACCAGCAGAGUCAAGAGGAUCGAACCUUGUACAAUCUUAUGGAUGACAAAUUGUACGGCGAGGAAGAAUAUUCAUCUUCAGAUGAGGACGUUGAUGAGGAAGGUGAACAGAUGAUGAGAGAUGAUGGAGAGGGUGACAGAGUUGAUGAUGUUACACGCUCUCUUAUACUAGCCCUUGGCGUUUGUUAUCAUGCCUGUCUGAAAACCAGACCACAAUACCGUACACAUAUUGCACGAUUUUUCCGUGCUCCUUGUCUUUUGCCUGGUGGUGAUGAUCAGAUACAAGAGGAAAUAGAAAGUUGUCAAGAGGUUUUCCUUGAUCAUGUUCACCUCGAGAAGAAUAUUGCUCGUAACAUGGCUCUGAGAGAGAACGUGUUCAUGAUGGUUGUAUGUAUAGAACUUCGUAUCCCACUGUUCCUCGUUGGAAAACCAGGAAGCUCAAAGUCUUUGGCAAAAACCAUUGUGUCUGAUGCUAUGCAGGGAAAUGCUGCAAGAGAAGAACUGUUCAGAGAACUGAAACAGGCUCAAAUGGUAUCUUUCCAAUGUAGUCCAUUGGCAACCCCAGAUGGUAUAGUUGGCACAUUCAGACAAUGUGCUCAAUUCCAGAAAGACAAAGAUUUGGACACGUUUGUCUCCAUUGUUGUCCUUGAUGAAGUUGGACUGGCAGAAGACAGUCCUAGAAUGCCACUCAAGACACUACAUCCGCUGCUGGAGGAUGGUUGCCAAGGGGAUGAGAAACCAGAGAAACACAAAAAAGUUGCAUUUAUUGGUAUAUCAAACUGGGCGUUAGAUCCUGCCAAAAUGAAUCGAGGAAUUCUAGUACAGAGAGAAGUACCUGAUCUGGAAGAACUCAUCAACAGUGCUACUGGUAUAUGCAGUACAAAAGAUAAAUUGGGCAACUGGAUCAACCCAUUAAUAGAACCCAUGGCUAUUUCUUACUUAGAAAUCUUUCAGAAGGCCUCACAGAGUAUGAGAGAAUUCUACGGACUGAGAGACUUCUACAGCUUGGUUAAGAUGGUGUACAGUUUUGUGGAGAAGUCCAAGCAACCACCAACCUGGCAUGAGAUGUUACACGCAAUCAAGAGAAACUUUGGUGGCCUUGAUCAAGUCAAUCCAGUUGAGAGCUUCAGGAAGAACCUCGCCACUAGAGUCCAUUUUGAAAAAAGGCCAAAGCUCACAGAUCCCGAUUGCACACCAGCUGGCCUUGUACAAGCUUGUCUGUUUGAUACAAAUAAAAUGAAAAGUGAAAGCAGAUACCUUCUGUUGUUGACGGAGAACUAUGGAACACUGACCAUCAUACAACAACAGAUACUGUCAAGGAGCAGUGAUAUCAGACCUAUUACCAUAUUUGGUAGCAGCUUCAGAAGUGACCAGGAAUAUACACAGGUAUGUCGGAACAUCAACAAGAUCAAAGUGUGUAUGGAGACAGGAAACACAGUUGUUUUACUGAAUCUAGAGAACCUCUAUGAAAGUUUGUAUGAUGCCCUCAACCAAUACUAUGUGUACUUUGGUGGUGAGAGAUAUGUUGACCUUGGACUGGGAACACAUAGAGUCAAGUGUCCAGUACACAAGAACUUCAGAUUGAUAGUGGUAGCAGAGAAGCAGACAGUAUACAAGAAGUUUCCGAUACCGUUGAUAAAUCGUCUAGAAAAACAUUUCCUUACAAUUAACACCAUGCUGUCCUCCGAACAACAGCAGGUUGUGCAAAAGUUAGAAGAAUGGGCAAAACAGUUUGUCACACAGAGAAAUGUUGGUUUUACACAUAGGGGUAACAAAGCGGCAACAAAAGUUGGAGAUGUUUUCAUUGGUUACCAUGAGGACACAUGCUCUGCUAUUGUUCUAGAUGUUUGGAGCAAGCAUGAACAUAUAGAAAAUGAGAAGGAUAGGGAUACACAGGUCUUACAAGAGGCUAAGUCAGUGUUGCUAUGGUGUGCCACACCUGAAUCCCUGGUCAGACUAGACCACAGUAGUCUGUCUAACCAAGAGAAAACUUUGCUGAAUAAAUGGUACUUCACCAGACAAGCACAUGACAGUCUCAUACAGUAUGUAAAUGUGAAAAUUGUACAGCAACAAUGCAGACAACUUUUUGCUCAGGUAACUACCCAUUCCAAACUGAUGGCAAGUGUUCACAAGGGAGAAAUCAGUAAGGCGACAGGAAUAAAUGUGGAGAGAAUUCUUCUACUUGAAACCUUGUCUUCCUUCGAUACAGAACAACAGUUUAGUAACAGAAUCCAGCAGCACAUUCAGAGUACAGACAAAGAUCCAAGCCUGAUGGUAAUACAGUGUGACUCGGGUGAUGUGAAUGCCAAUUUGAUAGCUUGUGCUCGUUACUGUGUCAUGGAUGAAUUUGAAAAGAUGCGUGAUGAGCUGCGAGCACCAGUACAUGUUGUUUUCAUUGUUCAGCUUCCUAGGGGUGCCUCAUUCACUGGAUUUCAGUGUGGAAUUUGGCACUCAGCACAUAUAGAUGACUUGUACACAGCAGACAUGAAUAUGCCUACAGUACAGGAUAUGCAAGGGAAGUCCGUAGCUAAACUCUUCACUGAUGCCGUAGUGGAACCGUCUGCUAUGGAAAUUGAUGAAGAAAUCCCAAGAGAAGCUGGUUCAGGAGCAGAGGAAAUGGAAUGGAGUGAAGCUGAAGGCAGACAUGUAUCACAGAGACAGAGAAUGGACGAAGACAUGAUUACAAAUGACCUUGAAAAUAGACUGAGGGGUGCACCACUGCAGUUAGAUGAUGUACUUCUAGAUUUAAGAAAUGUUGAUAAACAUGGUGGUGAAGGUUUCAGUUUCAGUCAAGGUUAUGGUCAACAUAGAUUAAAUGUAAAAGGACUAAUAUUAGCUUGUGUACAGGCAGCACUGUCUAUGGUGAAAGAUAAAGAGGAAAAUACAAGUAAAGAAACAGACAGAGUGGCACUUGUUUUGAAACUUCUACACCAAGAACAAGUAGAAGGCCAAGCAUCCUUCCUGCAUGGAGUAUGUUGUCUGAUAGCUAAACUGCUGAAAGAGAAGGAAACAAAGACUCAUGUUGCACACAUGGCACAUCACUGGCUGAUCAAUGAAGCUGCUGCUUCGGAAAAUAUCAAUAAAGCGGGAACAUUUCGGCGUUCAUGUAUUCAGACGCUGGAAAAUAAAGUCUCACCAAUUCUGGCAGGGAUUAUAGCUUACUUGGACACUAAUGACAACUUGAAGAUACUACAAGAGGAACACUGCCAGUGGAAACAAGAAUUGUGGCUGACUUUCCUUAAUACUGUAGAUGCCAUCAAUCUGCAGUUCACAGAUUUACAAUCACCAACAAGACAAAGUGACCUACCAGAAGUAGUUGUCAUGACAACAGGUAGUGAAGGGCACAUUUUCAGUGCUUAUAUGCCAUUCUCUUGGCUGAUGAUUAACCAGAUCAGUGAAAUGUUAAAGUUACCUCACCCAGCUGCAGAAUCACAUGAUCUUGAAGAUGGAGACGGGACUGUAACAAAAAUAGAAUCAUUAGUGAAAGUCCUAAGUGAGCAUGCACUUGGAAAAGUACUUGGCUGUGUAUCUCAAAAGGACAGUGUCACAGAAGCUGUACAUGAAUACAUACAUGACUUUGUACACACAAUGUACCAUUCUGCUUCAGUACAUGAACAUCAGUUGGUGUGCCGGUCAGUUUUCUAUGUAACCAAUCAAAUGGCAAAUGACACAGCAGAGAACAUGCUGCUACAUAGCCUAGUGAAUGUUCAUAUGGCCUACCAGAAACUUGCUCCCAGGCUUACCUACUUUAGAGCCAUGAACAGUGUAUGGCCAGAAUGUAGUGCCACUAUAAUAGACUUAAAAACAAAGAAUCCCGAUCAUUUCAUGUUCAAGGAGCAGGAAUUUACGUUUUCUGCCUUGUGUCUUCUUCUUGAAAACCUUUCACCUAAAGGCACUGAUCUAAACAACCUACGUGGCCGGUCCCACUGGUUGAAUAGAGUUCAUCGUUACAGACCUGUUGUAGAGAAAGUGAUAAGCUUACAUGGGGAAGAUCCAACACUGUAUGGAGCUCAUAGCAUUCAGUCUGUGCGCAGGGCAAAGGGAUUGUGGAGUAGAGUUAUGGUGGUGAAGCUGUUUCUGGAACAUGUCUGUGCAUCGGAGAAGGAAGACAAAAUUACAAUCAAACAUUGUAUGCCACUGUGGGCAUUGCUAGGUGAAGAGACAGAUUUGAAAGAUAUGAAGUCACUGGCAGGUGUGGAAAAAUUCCUCAAAAGUUGUAAUAAACUAGCAAUGAAGGAGUAUAUAGGGGAUGAAGUAAAAUGCAGUCAGUGUGAGUCUGUACUGGAAGGGCCACCAAUUGCAUUGCCCUGUAAAGAUGUUUUGUGUGACCAGUGCUAUGAUGGUAUGAAAGCACUGGGGGAGAAUUCAUGUGCAAAAUGCCACCAGGAAUUUUUAGAUGACUGGCAACCAGUGCGCCAAAUUGCGAAAAAAAAUGCCAUAGAUAAACUACAAGACUAUCAGAGAAGGUGCAACACAUUCUUUAUGGACAUAGUCUCCCAGUUAUGUUUUGCUGACAACAAUGCACCAUCGAAAGAGGUUGUGGAAAAAUUGCUCAGUUAUAUAUUCUUCACCACAAGGAGUGAUCGUCAGCGUACGAGGGAUCUGUCAAUAUUUAACACAGGAAUAGAUCCCAACCCUGUAUUCAGAUCUUUCCUUCUACAGCUUCUUAUACGAACAAGUGAGGAUAAUGUUAUAGAAAAUCUGGAACGUUAUUUAACUCAAGCAGGGGGCUUGAUCAAAAGCAAUUCACCUGAUCAGGAGCAACAGUAUGUUGAGCUGUGUUUGCUUGUCAUCCAGUGUUUAGAGGACAUGUUUACCCAAGAAGCAACUAGGACAGAUGUGGAUGAAACACAGUAUGCAUCUGAAGCCAUACACAGAGCUAUUCAAACCAUUGCAAGGGAAGGACCGUCUGUCGAGAAAUUAUAUGGAUUGGCUAGUGCUAGAAUGGGCCUCGCUGUUACAGCCAGAUAUGUUGCUGAUAUAGUAAUGAAUGACGUGGAUCCCAGACAUGUUGAUCGACGAGUUAGGAAACUUAUAGAGGCAGCUCAAACACUAUGUGAGGAGACAGAUGUUAACUGGACAAGGAUAUAUCUGGUGAAACACAUCUGUAGAUGCUAUGGUAUAGAUGUGUAUCAAACUAUAUGCCAUAAUCCAGUACCAUUUCUUAGAUGGAUUGGUAUGAAAGAUGCAAAUAGAGAUCAGGUUGUGGAAGUUUCAGACAGGUAUAUUGUAUGUGGUGACCACUACAAAAGUAUCAGGGAAGCAAUCACAAAAGUGGUACUAGGGGAAAAUGUUGAGCACCUACUUGACACAGUUCAGGAGAUGCAAACAGCUGGAUUAAGAGUUGAACCCAUGCUGCAACUUGCAUUACACAGAGAGAUAACAAGUUCAUAUCUGUAUCCACAGCAACAGAGAAAACUAAAAACACAGGUCAUGGAUACAUUGAAUAGAUUUGUUCAAGAUUGUGAAGCAGUCAAAAAUAAGGGUUUCAUGCAAAAGCUGAUUAUGAACCAGCUGGUUCCUAGACAUCUUGUGACUACAGAAGGUGAAGAUUUACGCUUGCAGGGAAUACAGUGCCUUAUUGUUCACUUUCUGUCUGUCAUGACGUAUUUGAAAGGAGACAGAACUCUGCUUCAUCCCUUACAGACUCUGAUGUCAAAUCCUCAAAUAUGUGGUAACAUGUUUUUACCAACAAUGCCACAGGAUGAUUUAGAAGACAUAAAAGAAGCUUUGUUAGCAGCACGCCAGAACAAUGGAGGGGAAAAUCCAGUCUUCUACCGUUGUCCAAAUGGUCAUCCGUAUGUGAUUGGAAAUUGUGGUCGGCCAGCUACAGUUGGCAAUUGCAGAGACUGUGGUGCAGCUAUAGGGGGAGAGGGAUAUCAACUUCGCCCAGGAAAUAUUCUGGACCAAGGGCGAGACAACACACUGACUGGUCAUAUCCUUGGACGUGUACAGGUCAGAGGACAAGGUCCGAAACCAGAGAGAACAUUGACUCCAGCUUAUACUGCAACUAUAAGACUUCUUCUGCAUAUGUCAAUGUUUAUUGGUGUCGGCAGUAACUUACAGGGUGUUCAUGCACUGAUAAAACCUGACAUUGAUAAUAACGGAGUAGAGGAAUUUCUUUGGGCACAUAUACAACAAGAUGUUGACGACAUCCACAGGACCCUUGGUAGAAGUGUUGACGAUGUUCUUCUUCUGAUGCAUACAGCUGUGGACUACAUCAUGAGAGCACACAAUGAAGGCGACCAUGUAGGUGGCGAAGCUAGACAGCUGUCAUCAAAAAGAGGAAGAAAUCAGUGGGAAGCUGGAUUUUCUGCCAAGUUUCUGCAGGCGUCAUUGAAGAAUAUUGACAAUGUCUUGAAAACGAACAAUCAGCUACUUGUUCAAGAUCAGAGACUUGGUGCCGAUCCUCUGCUUUGCUUAUUGUACGAGACAGACACUAACGUAGAGAGGGAGAAUCCAGCUGCUUUGGAGGAAAUUCCUAGAGUAUGGCGGUACAGAACGCCUAUAUCUCUACAACAUCUCCGACAAGAGGCUGAGGCCAAAAUAUCACAAAAGCAACACAAAGUGUUGCAAUUAUUCCUGAAAGAGGAUCACCAUUUAAGAGCACUUCGAUACAUUCCGAGUAUCCUACGCCUUCAUCGAGCCUUGUUCCAAAAAUAUCAAAGGAAAUUAGACAAAGCGGAGGCUUCACAAAUCUUAAUUGCUCAUCUGAAAAGAGAAGAAAUAGCUGGUGGGGAAACGAUGCAGUUGCUACAAGAUUUUGCAGAUGCCUGGGAGUUGGUCCGAGAAUCAUUGACUUUGUACUUGUGUCCGACAGAACUAGGUGGUAUGAUAGUCUCUAAGGAGUACUGUAACAAAAGUAUCACAGACAAAACACCAAUAUCUAUGCUGCUACCAACAACUAAAGAAGCAGGGCUCUGUUCUUAUGCUUUAUUAGACUUUCUGAUGAGAAAACAAAAUGAUUUCUUGGAUAAAUACUUGAAGGAAGCACACAGAAAAUCUGGUAGUAUAUCAAGCGUAAACCCCAAAGAGGUGACUUCAGCCCACCUGAUCAGCUACGACCCUCAGCAUGAUAUUCUGCCAUUAGUUCUAGCUAAUUGCCAAUAUUCUUUCGAGAUGGGCAAAGGGACAAAGAUAGAGUAUGAUUUUGCUGCCUUAGAAAGACAAUUGAUGGAUAGAUUCUUGUUCUCCAAAUCCAGGAUUGAUGUUGGCAGAGUGUUAAUGAUUGAUCAAAUGGUAUACCGAACAGAGUUUACGAACGCGGAAGUUUUCAGGAAACUAACCGACAAAAUACCACAGGUAUAA